ACAGGGGAGUGGAGCGAGGUUUUGGCCGAUAAAUGAGACACAAAAAUAUAUUCAUAGUGCUUUAGAUUUGUUUUUGUUUGCAUGGUUUUGAGAAUUUUUUUUUAAUAAAAUUAUUAUUAUUAUUACUAAUUCUUUAUAACCAAGAAAAACCAAAGAGCUAGGGUUGUAUUAUUUUUUUUUUUUUGCUUAGUUUGUAUUAUUUUUAUUUUCCAUCAGACAGAAGAGCAACUGUGGUUGGAGAAAAAUCCGAAGCUUUUUCGCAUACUCUCUCUCUCUCUUCAAUCUUUUUGCUUAAAGGUUGGCUAGGCAGGUGGAUUUGUUCCUCUGCUCUCAUAAUGAUCAUAUACCGAUCUUCACUCUGUAGCCUGCGAGAUUUUUGGUAAUCUUUUUUUUUUUUUUUUUUUUUUAACUUGGUUCUUAAAAUUCCUCUAUAUUUUGUAGUUGUAAUCUGUCAUUUUGAUUUCAAACUCUGCCUCCUUGAAAUUCAAGAUUUGGGGUGUGUAUAUCUCUCUCUCUCCUAAUCUUUCUAUCCUGCAUAACUUCCUUUAAAUUUUCUCUAAAUCUUGUUCUUCAAAACAGAAAUUGCCAAGAAACAAUAGAACCAAUACUUGUAUUUCUUUAAAACUUUCCUUUUGUCAAAUUUAAGUUUGGUUUGUAAUAUCUUUCAAGUCUUGGUGUUCAUAACGAGAGAGGUCCAAGAGGAUCCAAGAAAUUGAAAUAGUGCAUAUCUGGCAUGCAAAUCAAGUUUUGGAUCUUUCUUUUACAUCUUUUGCAAAUAGGUUUGGAUUCUUGAAAAAUUCUUGCAUUUACAUAAUUAGAUGGAAGAUAACAGAAAUGGUUCAAGAAGAAGAAACCCCAAAGUGUAGCAAUAGUAAUAAUAGUGGUGGUGGUAGAUCAUCCAAGAAGCAAAAGCAAAAGAAAGUCCCACAAAGAGGACUUGGUGUGGCACAACUAGAAAAGAUCAGACUAGAAGAACAAAAGAAAGAUGGAUCUAUGAUAUUGACAUCAGCAUCAACUCCUAUAUCAUCACCACCCAAGCCUUCAAAUCACUCAGCAUCUGUGCCAAUACCAAAUUAUCAGUCUUAUUCCACUUCCUCAAUCCCCUGCCCUUCUGAUAUCUCAUCCCCAAAUUCAAUACUUAGGCCUCAAAAUACCGAUAUUUUUAACUCAAACACAAUUCCAUUUGUCAAUUCUUUGGGUUGGCAAUCAGUUUCUGUUCAAGGGCAUGGAAAUAUGCCUAAGAUUUGGAAUUCUUAUGACUUUGAUCUUGAAAAGGAGACUACUUGUGGGAUUGAUCCUGGAUUGGCUUUCAGGUCCAGUUUAAAUUUGCCCUUUGAAUCCAAUUCCAUUUGGCCUCUUCCUAGCUUGACGCAAAGAGUACAAUAUCAGCAACCUCCUCCUCCUCCUCCAAUGGUAAAUGUCUCAUCAACAAGUUCAUCAUCAUCUCUACAAAAUUUGCAUAUGGAACUCCCUUCAAACCAAAGCUAUUAUGGGAACUAUACACCUAUUUGGCCAGCGGAGGAAAAGAUGGUUGGCAUGAAGAGGCCAUAUCCAUUUGCCCUAGACAACCCUCCAGGGCCUUCUUUCCCCAGCAAGUUCCCUCCUAUUGUUCACCCCAUUGGCAGAUCAGAUGAAUCAUUUUCAUUUGGCAAUGCAGGCACAUUCAAUUUCACUCUUGCCAACCCUAAUUUCAGAGAAGGCCCUUUAUGUUCUGAUUCAAUCUCAGAGCCUAAGCCGAAUUCCAAGAAAAUCGUCAAAGAAAAUGCGGUUUCCAGGGGAGAUUUUCUCACAUUAGGCCCUCCGACAACUACCUUGACAUGUCAAAAUUCCAAGUUGGAGCCACCUUCAGCUUAUCUUGCCUUACAUAACUAUGGAAACUUAGAUUUUGAUUCACUACCUUAUCAAGGUAGCAUGGAAGAUCCAACUGUUGAACCAGGACCAAGCGUACCAAAUGAUCUUCAGCCUUACUAUAGCUUCCUGCCACCAGCAAUUAUGCAAAUUGGCCCACCAACAAAGACCACUAGCAACUGUAGUGGUGGUGACGCAGUGGAAAAUGUUGAUCUCAAUUUGAAGUUGUAAAUCAUUAAACUAGAUUUUUUCUGUAUCAUUGGCAGACCAAUUGUUUCUCUCUAGACAAUAUAACAAGAACUUGUUAAAA